UCAAACUUUUUUUCCCCUCAAAAUUUCCCCCACACGACAACGAAAUUAAAACUCUUUAAAGAAAACACAAACCCCACAACAACUCCAUUCAUAGCUUUCUUCAUUUCUUUGUCUAAUCAAGAGGAAAAUAUGGUUAUAGCUGCAGAAACCAAUGGUACUCAUCACCGGAGACCCACUUUCGCUGCUUUCUUAAACACCGACGAAGAAGAACAGAUUCAUGGUGUUGAUGUCAUCGAUCCUACCAGCACCAGCGUCAAUAACCAACAACGUCAAAGCAAUGCUUCGAACACCAGCGGCGACUCGUCUCCAAACCAGGUCCCAUCUCCAUGGAAUCAGACUUACUCUCCAUACUACACGGACACAACAACAACGCCCACUAUGUCUCCAUCUCCGUGGAACCAGACUUACUCUCCGUAUUACAAGUCUCCUUGGAUCUACCAGACGACCCCAAACGUGGAUGAUGAUUCAGACAACGGUUUGAUCGGUACGAUCGUAAGGCAAGAAGGUCAUGUAUACUCGUUGGCUGCUUCAGGAGAUCUUCUAUUCACCGGAUCCGAUUCCAAGAACAUUCGGGUCUGGAAAGAUCUCAAGGACUUCGCCGGUUUUAAAUCAACCAGUGGUUCAGUUAAAGCGAUUGUGAUAACCGGAAAUAACCGGAUUUUUACCGGUCAUCAAGACGGUAAAAUCCGAAUUUGGAGAGGGUCUAAGAAAAGAACCGGAGUAUAUCCACGAAUCGGGAGCUUACCGAGUACGAAGCAGUUUCUGACCAAAUCCGUGAACCCGAAGAAUUAUGUCGAGGUACGUCGCCAUAAAAAUGUUUUGAAGAUACGACACUACGACGCCGUUUCGUGUCUAAGCUUGAACGAGGAGCUCGGUUUACUCUACUCCGGUUCGUGGGACAAGACUCUCAAAGUCUGGAGACUCUCCGACUCGAAAUGCCUAGAAUCGAUUCAAGCUCAUGACGACGCCGUCAACACCGUAGCCGCCGGGUUCGACGACUUGCUGUUCACCGGCUCCGCCGACGGAACUUUGAAAGUGUGGAAACGCGAGCUUCAAGGGAAAAGGACGAAGCAUUUCCUCGUAAACGUGUUGAUGAAGCAAGAGAACGCCGUGACGGCGUUAGCGGUUAACUUAACGGCGUGUGUUGUUUACUGUGGAACUUCUGACGGUUCCGUUAAUUUUUGGGAAGGGAAAAAUAAUCUUUCUCACGGCGGGAUUCUCCGCGGCCAUCGUAUGGCGGUGCUCUGCCUCGCCGCCGCCGGGAGUCUGGUACUGAGCGGCGGAGCGGAUAAGAACAUUUGCGUGUGGAGGAGGAACGGCGAUGGGAGUCACUCGUGUCUCUCGGUGUUGAUGGACCACGUGGGACCCGUCAAGUGUUUGACGGCGGUGGAAGAGGCGGAGAAAGAUAGCAACGGAAGAUGGAUAGUGUAUAGUGGAAGCUUGGAUAAAUCGGUGAAAGUGUGGCGCGUGACGGAGACUGCGCCUCCGGUGAUUGGCUGAGAUGCGCCGAGGAGGGGAAGAUAUUACGUGCAGUCUUAGCGCGUGGGAUGAGACUACGGAAAAAGAGAAUGUUCCGCCGGAUAUGUGGUCCCUGUCUUUGUGGUCAAGACAAGUUUUUAUGGCCGGCAAAAGGAAACAGAUCUUACGACCAAUAAAGGACGGCCACGUCAUGAAAGUAUCUAAAAGGUUUAGAAUGUUUUUUACUAUUUUAUUCGUUGCUUCAUUGUAAACUGCACAUAUUUGAAUUACGUUUGAUAAAGAAACAUAAAAGGUGGGAAUGAUUAUGCUAUGUUCAGAGA